UCUCGGAGAGCAAAUCCAGAGGCAGAAGAUAAGCAUCAUUGGCAUAGUUAUAUCCGGCCAAUGGUGGUAAAUAAAGAAGAGGUCAGGGACCGUAAGGUAGACAUGAAGAUCGAAAUCGCUGAUGUCAAAGCAAUCUCCGUCGAUCUCAUUGCGAUGACUUCAUCUUAG